AUGCGAAAUAGUAUUGAACUAGAGAUGAACAAACCAUUAAAAUAUCCUUCUAACGAUGUUUCUGUCUGUUGGCCCUCCUUUUCUUCCAGAAAUUAAAACUCUAUCCCAAUGUGCAUCCAACCUGAUAACAAUAAUCAUACAUCAAUUAGUAAAUUUAGUGAUUCUCAAACUGAGAACACUCAUAUUCCCAAAAAAUUAGAAAAACUUAGUUUAUAUCACAAUUACGCUUAGAAACAAACCAAAAAAUCUCUUUUUUUUCAGUAUGAAAAAUUUUGGUAUUCAAAAAUUAUUUCAUCCAAUAUUAUAAGCUUUUCAAUCCUUAUUUUGACUUUCUAUUUACCUUACUUUUACUUUGAAAAUUUCAAGUAAUCUGUUUAUUAUUAAUCUAGAAAAUCAGACUCAUUAUAUUUACCAAUUCUUCUGUUUCUAUUCAUUUUAGAACUGUUCAUUCAAUUUAUCAAAUUACUUAAUCAAUUUCUAAAAUAGAAACCAUUCUCGAUUUAAUUAUUAAGAAUUGCAAUCUUAAUAAAUUACAUAAUAUACCUUAAAAUAACCAAUAUUUUUGUCUUUACUAUUUUAAACUUCCUUUUAUUCUUAAGAAAUUUUUAAAUUAUUUAAAAAAUGCUAAGUUUAAUCCUAUUUAUUAAUUUUUAGUAACACAUUUAUUUAUAUUUUAGGUAAAUUUAAAUUAUAAAAAUGAUCAUUGUAUUAUUAUUUUAAGUACAUUACUUCGCUUGUAUUUGGGGAGUAGAAUUAAAAUAAAUAAACUUAGAAGAUUUUAAAUACUCAGAAUUCUUCUAUAAAUCAUUUCUUGUACUGUUUUUUAAGACUAAUCAAAUAGAAAAAAAGGAUCAAUUAUUAAUAAUCAUACAUUUAAUUUCUAACAUAAUCUUAAUUUUUUUAGUAUUUAAAAUUUAUUUAUAAUCUCAAUAAAACCUCUAAAAACAUGAAAUAACUUUAAAUACUUAUAAAUUAUUCAUGAAAUCGAGUAUGUUAGAAUUAAAAGUUAAGUUUGUUUUAUAUCAUUAUUCAUAACUUUUUAUAAAAGUAGAAAAUGAAUUAAGUGUCGAAGAAGAUACAAAGAAAAAAAGUUUGAUAGAUUAUAUAAAAAUGAAGUUGAUAAAAUAGGAACUUAAACAUUUGAAUUUUGUUUCUUAAGCAGUUAUAAAAGAAAUCAGUUUAAAAGGAGUAUUAGGCCAGAAUUGUAAGUAAUAAGUAAUUAAAUUUAUUAUAUAAAGCAAUUUUCAAGUGAGAUAGAUGGAUUAUUUAUUAUUCUUGCUGGAAAAUUAAACAUUGAAUGUAUGGGAUUCAAUCUUCAUUUUGACAAUAGGAAGAUUAUGAAUUUAUGUUUGAUUGAAAUGAUGAAUUCUCAAUCCUAAAGAAAAAUUAGAUUAAAAUAGUUCGACAAAAAUGAGAUUUUGUAUUUUUAUAUUAAUUAGCAGGAAUUCCAUAAUUGUUUAUCAAAAAUCAUUGAAAAAGUAAUAAAUAAGAUUAGUAUCAUGUUUAGGAAAAAUACUAAUUGGUAAAAGAUGAUGUUAUAUUCAAUAAUAAUACUAAAGAAUUGAAUAUGAAAUGUUAUUUUUGCAAUUAAUUUCAUCCAACUUUUAAUUGUGAAUGUUUAAAUAUUAAGAGAAGAUAUAAAUAUGAUUAGACAUAUUAAGAGAGAUGUGAGAUAUUUGUUAGAAGAAAAAGCACAAAAGGGAGAGCAGGUAUUUAUUAAUAAGUAAUUAAUAUAUAAAAAAUAGAUUACAAAUUAAGGAACAAGCAACAAUUAUAUUGUCGAUAUAAGUUCAGAUAGUUUUGAAGCAUUUUCAGAUUAUUCUAGUGAUAAAUAAAGUAAAUAGAGUAAAUAAAGUAAAUAAAGCGUAUAAAAUUAAUAACCUCUUUUUGAUUAAAUUGGAAAAUAGAUUUCUAUCACUCAAAUUCAUAAAGAUAUAUUAUAAAUUGAUAUGAUAUCUGACAGUACCUUGAUUAAGCAUUUGUAAGUUCCAGAUGCAUAAAUAAAACAUCAUGGAAGUAAUUAAGCUGGGUUUUAAGAUUUUGAUUCAAUAAUUGAUAUUGAUAAAUUAUGGGAAUAUGAACAUUAUAAAGUUAAUUACAACAUAAACAAUGUACUAAAGAUAAUAAAUAAAGAGAAAUUGUGA